AUGAAUUUUGGACAGGAUUCAAAUAGAGGAAAUCGGACAAGUCAUUAUCAACCUCCGAUUUACAGUGAGCAUGAUAAUGACGAUGAUGAGGAGUUUGAAGAUUACAGAGAGGACGAAGAAGUAUUGUUCAACCCACUGAAAGUUCCUUCACCUUUUACACAUGCAAGAUCGAUUCAUUCCGGUUCCAUUGCAAAGUCAUCCUAUCAAAUGAAGCCAAUCGGUGAAGAUCAAUAUAGUCGGAAUCAACAACAAAAUCAACAACAACAACAACAUCGUAGUAGUACUACAACCAGUAGUAGUAGUAAUAAUGGUGAUCGUCAUCGCCAACAACAACAACAACCACCACAACAUCAAAGAAGUAGUGGUAGUAGUAAUAGUAAUUCCUAUUCAAAUGGAUCAUCUAGUAUCAAGUUGAGAGAAUAUAAUAAUAGAGGUGAUGACUACGAGUAUUCUUCGCCAUCGCCAUAUAGAUCACCUUCGAGAUCACCACCACCACAGUCAUCAUCAUCAUACACCUCCUACAGUAGAACUUCAUCCAAUAGCAUUCCAUCGUUAUACAGUCCCACUACAACCUCUACUUUGUCAGCUGCACAUCCUAAAUCCACAAUUAUGGGUUACAAUAGAAACACUGAUUAUAUCACCAGUAGUACCGCAUCCGGACAUCAACAACAUCACCACCAACAACAAAGAUCGAGAUCUAGAUCAAGAUCAAAAUCACCAGUACGACAAACACAACAUCAACAAUCACAUCAUCAAAGUAUAUCAUCAUACAAUAGAUUUAGUAAUACAAAUAGUAGUAGUAGUAACAGUAGUAGCAGUUAUUCUUCGAAACAACAAUAUAAUAUAUCUCGAUCACCAGAACGACAAACACAACAACCAUUAAAGAAUGCAUCAUUAAUGAAUAUAUUGAAUAGUUCCGAUUCUAUACCAACAUUUCAGAGUUUGGACAACAGUUUGUCCGGUGGUAACAGUCAAAGUAGUAGUAGUAAAAGCAGUAGAUCACAACCACAGCCAUUAGCCAACUACUAUUCAUCUAUUUUCAAACCGGAACAACCACAAUAUGAACAACAAAAUGAUAGACACUAUAUGCAAUCUCAGAAACAGCUUUAUCAGCAGCAACAACAACAACAACAACAACAGAAUAACAACAAACAUCAACAAAAACAACAGCAACAACAACAGCAAUAUGAAUAUGAACAACAGCAACAACAACAAAUAAAACAUAGGCAGCAACAACAACAGCAACAAAAUCCAUAUAGUAAUUUCUCAAAUUCAUCAUUGACAUCGGCAAUAUCCUCUUCAGCGUCGGUUAUGAAUGUUUUUAGUGGAACAAACAGUGCUACCAGCACCAGUAGUAGUAGUGGCGUUGGUUCAGCUCUGAGGAAAUCGACAACAGGAGUAUCGACGUCUUCACCAAGGUCAUCGCCAUCUCUUAAAUCAACGGCUUUCACCAAUGCAAAGAAACGUGUCUCCAAGAAACAUAAACAAGAAAUACUCGACUUAUUGAGUGAGCAUGAUGAUAACGAUACCCAUCAUCUCUCUCUAACCAACAGUUCACAAACAAUAAUACCACCUUUAUCAUUAAAUAAUAGUGGUACUUAUAAAGUAUCAUCAUCCAAUCAAAAUACAUCAGCAACAACAUCAUCAUCAUCAUCAUCAUCUUCCUCUUCAUAUUCAAAAUCUUUACCAUUAUCAUCAUCGAUGUUAUAUUCGAAUGAACAAAUUAGUAAUACUUCUACUACAACUAAUAAUAGUAGUAAUAGUAAUAGUAAUAGUAGUAGUUCUAGUAGUAUUAGAAAGUAUAACAGUAGUAACAAUAAUAAUAAUAAUAACAAUAACAAUAGUUCUUUAUCACAAAUCAAUGAAUAUAGUAACAAUAACAACAACAACAACAAUAAUAUACCAUUUCAAGAUUCAGAUACAGAGAUUUCUAAUAGUGAUUAUCAAAAGAUGUUAAAGACAUAUGCAAAAGAGAAAUCAACCAAAAGAAAAGCAAUUUCAGAAGAGUAUUUCAAGGAUAUGGAUAAAUAUAUUGAUUCAGAGGGUGAGGAGAAAGAAAAGUUGAAAAAGAAACUGAUGUCAAAGAUUGACAAGGAGAUGGAGAGUGAUACAAAGAAGCGACAAAAGAGAAGAAAGUUUGAUGGCAACUACAGCUCCAAAGACAAGGAAAAGAUGAUAAUGGAUACUUUGAGAUCAUCGACAUCGUCUACCUCUAUACUAACUGGUUCAAGCUCUGGUCUUGCCGCUUCUCUUCAAUCUUCAUCAUCAUCGUCGACCAAGUCAAAGAAGACAAAGAAGGAAUCCAGCGGUAGCAGCAGCAACUUCAAUCCUGUCAUCAAUGAAAAGGAUCUCUAUGAUGAUGAAUUCGAAGAGUUUUUAGAGAAUGAGAAAAGGAGAAAGAAGAAAUCUAGAAAGACAAAUGAGAAAGAGAGUAGUGGUAGUAGUAGCAGUAGAGAUGUUAGAGAUACUAAAGAAAGUGGAACUAGUAGUAGGGAAAAAGAGAGUAGAGAUAGAGGAGAAAGAGAUAGAGAGACAAAAGAAAGAGAUCGUGAAAGAGAAAGAGAAAAAGAAAGAGAAAGGGAAAGGGAAAGAGAAAGAGAAAAAGAGAGAGAAAGGGAAAGGGAAAGAGAGCGUGAGAGAGAACGCGAGAUAGAGAAGGAGAAGCAGAGACUGAUUGACGAGGAGAUCAAGAGAAAGAAAGCAGAGUCUCUUGGUUGUAAGUUUGGAUAUAUCAAGCAACUGGAGCCAGGCUUUGAUGGCAAGUGGGCCGCUCUCAUCAAGAAGGAUUUAAUUCCUGCUCAAAAGAAGUAUGUUGCCAAUCAUACGAAUGGAAUUGCCAACUGCAAGAGUUUGGCGAGUCUGAUGAAGAUCGAGAUUAAGAAGCGCUAUGCAUCGCGACCACAGAAAUCUGUGAAGGAUAUUCAGCUGCGUUCGAAAAAGUUGGUCAAGGAGAUGGCUAGCUACUGGAAGAAAUAUGAAAAGGACGAGCGUGAAGCAAAGAAGCGUGCCGAGAAGGAAGAGGCACUGCAACGCAAGCGAGACGAAGAAGCGCGUGAAGCAAAGCGACAACAGAGAAAGCUUAAUUUCCUUAUCACUCAAACCGAGCUAUACAGUCAUUUCAUGAGCAAGAAACUCGACAGCAGUGGAUCGUCCGUUCCAACAAUGGGCAAAGCUAUUUCCGAUCUGAACAAAGAUGAUUCUGACGACUCUGACUAUGAUGAUUCCGACGACGAUAUGAAUGAGGAGGAUAGACUUGAAGAGACAAGACUGAAGGAAGAAGCAUUGAAGAUAUCAAAGAUGGCAAUUGAACAACAGUUACAAAAAACACAAACAUUUGACCAGGAUAUUGAGAAGUUGAAAUUGGAAUCAGAGUUGGAACCAACUGCAACAACAACAACAGCAUCUCCAACUCUUGGUGAUGUCGACAUGUCAUCUUCUAUCAAUGUUCAGGCAGUUGCCGAUAUACAUUCAUUGAAACAACCGACUAUCUUGAAUGCAGAACUCAAACCAUACCAAUUGAAAGGUAUGAGUUGGAUUGUCAAUUUGUACGAUCAGGGUAUCAAUGGAAUCUUGGCCGAUGAAAUGGGUCUUGGAAAGACAAUUCAAUCGAUUGCUGUACUUGCUCAUCUCGCAGAGGAGAAGAACAUUUGGGGACCUUUCUUAAUUGUCACACCCAAGUCGACUCUCCACAACUGGAAGAACGAGUUCAACAAGUUUGUGCCAAAUUUCAAGGUGCUUCCCUACUGGGGAAACCAGAAGCAGCGACAGACCAUUCGUAAGUACUGGAAUCCAAAGAAGCUAUACAGUCAAAACUCGCCAUUCCAUGUGUUGGUGACCAGCUACAAUGUUAUGGUGCUCGAUGAGAAAUACUUUCAUCGUAUACGUUGGCAAUAUAUGGUGUUGGAUGAAGCGCAUGCCAUCAAGUCGUCGUCGUCCAACCGUUGGAAAACACUGAUGUCCUUCAACUGUAGAAAUCGUCUACUCCUAACUGGAACACCCAUUCAAAAUAGCAUGGCAGAGCUGUGGGCACUUCUUCAUUUCAUUAUGCCAACUCUGUUUGACUCUCACGAGGAGUUUGCCGAGUGGUUCUCCAAGGACAUUGAGAACCACGCGCUCACUCAGGGCGGACUGGACGAACACCAGCUGAAUCGGCUGCAUCUCAUUCUCAAACCGUUCAUGUUGCGUCGUAUCAAGAAAGACGUCGAGAAUGAAAUGCCUCCCAAGAAAGAGAUUGAAGUUUCGUGUUCGCUCACCGUUCGCCAGAAGAAGUUGUAUCAAGGUGUGCGUUCCAAGAUCACCAUCUCUGAGUUGCUCGACAACACUUUCUCAGAGAGUGGAAUGAAACACCUAAUGAAUUUGGUCAUGCAAUUCCGUAAGGUUUGCAAUCACCCAGAACUCUUUGAGCGUAGUGAGUGUCGCUCACCCUACCAAUUCCAAAAGGCACAGCCCGACUUGAUGCCAGUCUACAGUGAGCAUACUCCACAGUUUGCCAAAGUACUCAGUGUUGCCAAUCACAAUCCUAUCACCUACUAUCUACCAAAGCAAUUGUUCCGAGAGGGAACACCACUGCUUCUUGACAGCUAUGGAUCCGAUUCCGGUCGUAGUCAAUUGCUCCGAUCGAAACUAUCGAUAUUCACAGCUGACAUUAUCAAUCGUUCAUUGAAAUCCGACAACAACAACAGCAACGACUCUCUGUAUUCAUUCAGUAGAUUUAUUAAUUUGUCACCUGGUGAAUUGUCUCAACAACAUGGAUCGUCGUCACUCGUCGAUAUGUACAUUCAACAUCAAUCGCAGCAACAGUCAGAAUUCCCACUCUUUGAAUAUGUAUAUGAUACCUUCAAGGAGAAAGAUAACCUAUCGCUACACUUGAAAUGUAUGUUGUUGGAGCCAUCGUUCUCUGGCAGAUUCACACCUGCCGUUGCCAGAAGAUCCGGUGUCCAGGAAUUGAUACUCAGUCCCAACGACCGAUGCUAUCAGAGCCGCGCCAUUAUCCAAUCGAUCUACCGUCUUUUCCCAAAGGCGAUUGCGGCACCCAUCGAAAUAGAGUGUCCGGACCGCUCAUUCCGUCUCAAACAAUCCGAUACUCUGAGAGUACCAGAUCAGACCAAAUCAAUGUUGUUUGGAUUCAGCUGCGUACCCGAUAGCUCUGUACAACAAACUCAGCACCCAUCCAACGUUGUUUCGCAGAUCCAGUCGACAAGCCAAGUAUUGGAUUCCUUUAGAAAUCAAGGUGGUUUGUUUGGUGGACUCAAUAACAUCUUUGGUUCCUCAUCGAUUUGGGUACCAUCAUUCUCCAAGUCACUCAAUGACAGUGGUAAACUUCAAGUUCUUGAUAAACUGUUGAAGCAACUCAAGAAAGAAGGUCAUAGAGUUUUAAUUUAUUGUCAAAUGACAAAAAUGAUAAAUAUAUUAGAAGAUUUUGUUAUUUUCAGAAAAUACAAAUAUUUAAGAUUGGAUGGUUCUUCAAAGCUUGAGGAUAGAAGAGAUCUUGUAGAUGAUUUCCAAACGGAUCCUUCUAUAUUCGUUUUCCUAUUGAGUACAAGAGCAUGUGGUAUCGGUAUUAAUUUGACCUCUGCCGAUACCGUAAUCUUCUUUGACAGUGACUGGAAUCCAACUAUGGACGAGCAGGCUAUGGAUAGAUGCCAUCGUUUGGGUCAAUUGAAGCCUGUAACCGUUUACAGAUUAAUCACCAAAGGAACUGUCGAAGAGAAAGUUAUAAAGAGAGCCAAACAGAAACAUCAAAUUCAAUCAAUUGUAAUUGCUGGUGGUAAGUUUGAGAAUGAAAUGAGACCAACAGAGGUAAUGUCAUUCUUGUUGGAUGACGAUGAAGUCGAGGAGAAACUUCGUAGAGAAAUCGAUCCGCUCACUGGAAAGCGAAGAACCAAGCCAUUGGAUGAACCUGAGCAAGUCAGUAAACCAUUCUCUCCUAGUGAUAUCCCUUCGCUCAAACCUGCAUCCAAAGGUAGAGCACCAAAGGAACCGAAACCAAAGGAAGCUCCGAAAAAGAAAGGUCCCAAGCCAGGCACCAAGAGAAAGACAAGUGAUUCAAAUACACCGACAUCCGAGACAACUUCCAACACCACCCCCACCACCAAUGUAAAUGAUACUACUAACACAACAACAACCAACAACAACGGUGAAGCAGGUGUUAAUCAAACCGAAGUAAAACCAGAAGCACCGAGCAAACCAACGAAAUCAAGAAGUAAAAAAGCACCAGCCGAUCCUUCUAAACCAAAAGCACCCAGAAAGAAAUCGGCUGCUGCUGCUACUAGUACUCCUCCAUCAAAUACAACCCAAUCAUAA